ACAUCCGCGCCGCCGCCGAGCGCCGCGUCGUCCCGCUCCUGCGGGGCCGGGUGCGGGGCGGGCGGGUCGUCGAUGGGGACGGAGGCGGAGGCGGAGGGGUGGGGGUGCCGGUGGCGGGCACGGUGAUUGAGAUUGGGCCCGGUAGUGGGAUGUGGGUGAGUCUUUUCUCGGACCGGUAUUUGGGGUCUCCGGAGGGUGGUGGCGAUGGCGGGGAUGGUGAGGGUGAAGAAACAGGAGGAGGAGGAGAGGCCGGCGAACCGGGCUACGUGGCGGUGCGGCGGCGGCGCGGGCCAGCCGGCUCCGGGGCCGUGACCAGGGUUCUCGGCGUGGAGCCCAGCGCGGACAUGCACGAGCCGCUCCGCGAGAAAGUGCGGGAGGCGGGGCUCGAGGGCGUCUACGAGGUCGUCCCCGUCGGGAUCGAGGACCUGGCCCCGUCGGGGAGGGUCCUCCCGGAGAGCGUCGACUGCAUCGUUUCCAUCCUCUGCCUGUGCGGCAUCCCCGACCCUGAGCGGAACAUCCGGGAGCUAUACGGCUGCCUGAAGCCUGGCGGUCGUUGGUACGUGUACGAACACGUCAGGUGCGUGCCGUCGCAAGGCUGGGCUAUGGGGGUGUACCAAGCUUUUGUAAACCUAUUCUGGCCACCUCUCAUCGGGGGCUGCCAGCUCCGGCGUGACACUCGGAAGUCGCUGAGGGAGGCCGGGCCAUGGACCCAUGUCGAUCUGGAGGUGGCGGCCGAUGAGCCGUGGUUUUCUAUAUGCCCUCAUAUCCUAGGCGUUCUCACCAAGUGAAGGAAUAGGCAUUGCCUAGGGUCCUAGGCUUUGUCAGGGAUCUUCGGGUCAACGGGGUUUCGGGGAGGCAUCUCAGUAACAGCGUCUGGUUGAGGGGGAUUGUUUGUCCCACGUUGUUCAUCCCAUUUCUAUCUAUACAAGAAGCUGAGAGUGUGAUGAACCCUCGCGAGAAUAUCUCGAGUACGAUCCAAAACCGUCCAUCUCUGCCCAAGAGCUCUUGAACAUAUGCAUACUCAUCGUCAUCAACGUCUCCUUCAUUGCGCUGCCAUGGCCUAGGUCGAUUUCCUAUUGGAACAAUGCCGGAAAACACGCCGACUAGACGCCGCAGCAGAUAGAAGGAAAUAAAUAACUUGAUCUAGU